GUGAAGUUCUCAGUCUCAACAUUCCCUUACUAGACAGCGGAGGUCCUCUGUAGACGCUGAACCAUCAUCAUCACACCCAACUUCAGCGGGUCCAUCGCACGCUCAGAAGGUCAUCCGCCCAAUAGUCAUCCAGCAUCUCGACGUUCAAGGUGAUCAAUCUUGGAAAGAAAAGGGCGGAGGGCCAGCCAGGAAUGGGACUCAUUUGCAUCCGGCUGAAAGGGCUGCUUCGUUCACUAGCAACCUAGCGCUCGCUUGCUUCUUAUCCCGCACAGUUGUUGCAUCGUGCCGUUGUGUGUGCAGCACCUCUUCAGCAACUCUUCGCUUUUUUGGGGGCCCACUCUCAUAUAUAGAUAGCAGUUCCUCCAGUCUGCUACUUCCAUUUUUCGUUCUCCUUGCCAAAAGGGGAAAAACAAAAACUAUAAAAAAAAGAAACUUGAAAGCAACUGCAACAAAAAGCCUUGACUUUUCGUGGUCUCCACUGAGUUGCGACUGCACCUCAACGCCAAUCGAGACGUCAUUUGUGCGAUCCGCAAUCCCAAUUUGAUUCACGAUGGAAGGCUCCGAAUCUCCCGCACCUGGACCUGGCGAUCGUUUGCUGCAGUCUUCAGAGUCUCACCAACACGGAGAGUCGUCGGGCAAAGGCCGCGCAGCCUGGCACGCCGUCUUCAAUCCGGAUCGGCCGCAGAAUCAAGUACAGCACGUCCGGUCAGCCUCGUUGAAAGGUCGACGAGGUGAACAACGAUCGCGAUCCUCAUCACCGGAGACGGGCGUCGGCUCCGGCACCAAAGGAUCCAGCGCGACCAAAGGUCGUCCAUUCGCCAAACCGAUUUCGCGAGCACUCAACAUGAGCGUGACGCAAAAAGUUGUCGGCUGCCUCAGGAGCAACGUCCUGACAAUCCUCAACAUCGCCGGCGUCUUCUCAGGCGUCGUCCUCGCCCUGGCACUCAGGUCGUCGCGCGAAGAGAAAUGGACACAACGAGAAAUUGUUUAUGUUGGUUUUGUAGGUGAUUUGUUUUUACGAAUGCUUAAGUGUCUCAUUCUGCCACUGAUCGUCUCAUCAAUGAUUUCGGCCGUCGGCUCUCUGGACCUUUCCGUGUCGGGACGGAUCGGUACGCGAGCCAUCGUCUACUAUAUGACCACCACCGUCAGCGCUGUCAUUCUGGGUAUCAUCCUCGUCCUGACUAUCCAUCCGGGCGAAGGAUCCGAUAAGGGAAUCGUUCGCGGCGGUUCCGUCCGUCACGUCACCACGGCCGACAUGCUCAUGGAUCUCAUCAGAAACCUGUUCCCACCGAAUUUGGUCCAGGCUUGCACCGCUCAGUAUAAGACGGUGUUGACACCGCCUGCUGACUAUUUGGAGUCUCUAGCCAAUAUGACCAACUCCAACGGAACCGACGCCGGUAACAUGACCGCCGGAAAGCCAAAGAACCUCUACGACUGGAAGAUGUCAUCCGACUACGAGGACGCCACCAAUAUCCUCGGACUCGUCGUCUUUUCCACCGUGUUGGGCAUCACGCUCGGCCGGAUGGGAGCCAAGGGCAAGCCGCUCCUCAACUUCUUCGUCUCCAUGAGCGAAGCCGUCAUGAUGAUCACCGGCUGGGUCGUUUGGUUGUCACCAGUAGGUGUCAUGUUUUUGGUGGCCUCCAAGAUGUUGGAAAUGGAGAGCUGGGAAGUCAUGUUGGGACAACUUGGCAUGUACUUUUUCACGGUGAUGAUUGGCCUCUUCAUCCACGGUUUCGUCGUUCUCCAGCUAAUCUACUUCAUUGUGACGCGGAAAUUGCCGUUCCGCUACGUCGGAAACCUCUCUGAAGCUCUGGCCACUGCUUUCGCCACUUCAUCGAGGUCAGUUAAUAAUUCUUGGAAUAAAUCAGUUGAGAGUGAAAGAGAGAGAGGAAGAGAAAAGACUUUCUAUUGGAAUGGCGAAGAUGACGGGGCAAUGUGUUUCGUAUCUCUUGACAGCUCGGCAACUCUACCCGUGGCGCUGAAAUGCUUGGAGGAGAAAAACCAAGUGGAUCCACGUGUGACUCGCUUCGUCAUGCCAAUUGGCGCCACCAUUAACAUGGACGGAACGGCCUUGUACGAAGCCGUCGCCGCCAUCUUCAUCUCGCAAGUGCGUGGUAUUCAUCUGACCAUGGGCAACGUCGUGGCUGUCAGCAUCACCGCCACAGCUGCUAGCAUCGGCGCCGCUGGUAUUCCUCAGGCCGGAAUCGUCACCAUGGUGAUGGUUCUCGAUACUCUUGGCCUGCCAGCCGAAGACGUCUCCCUCAUCAUGGCUGUCGAUUGGUUUUUGGAUCGCUUCCGGACGUUUACCAAUGUGCUAGGAGAUUCUUUGGGAGCCGGUAUUGUGCACCAUUUGAGCCGUCAUGAGCUGGAAGAGAUGCCGAUCGAACCUGCCAGUGGUCGAAGAGAGUCUGAUAUUGAACUGGACGGCCCGCUUGCUGGUGCCGAUCUAGAGAAGGGCGAGUCGAGCAACGGUGGCCCAAGUUCCAGGAAUCCCAAUGUUACCUCCGCCGCCGUGGAAGUCGAAUGGCAGUCGACGUCCAUGUGAGUCUCGGCCCUGCCCUCGGAGACUUUGAUCUAAACACCGCGCGCGCUGGCGACACGGCCGUUCUAGAGAUGAUGACGAGCUAUAUCAAUCGUCAUUGGCGAUUUUGUAGCUAAAUUUUGUGGCACCCGACGAGAAAAAACGACACUUGUUUUCGCAUUUUUCAUGUUUGGACAUUCACAUUUUUUUUUUAUUAUUAUUUCAUUUUUAAAUUUUAUUCUUUUUUUUGUUUGUUUUUUUCAACGACGUUAUUCUAGAAAUUGAUUUAUAAUGAAACACACUGGUGAAUUUCAUUCUCUGUAUCCUUUUCCUAAAUGAUGCUUUUGGGUUUGGAACUUUUUGAUACGUAGAGUUUAAGAUCAACGUUGUACUGGUAUCUAUUGAAACAAAACUAAACUAAAAAAAAAAAGAAAAAAAGAGACAAAAACAUUUUGUGCAACGGUACGCAUUUGAAAAAAAAGUCCCUUCUUUUUUAAAUGUACAUCCAAAACAUAUAAUGACCCUUUUGCCCAUGUGUUGCCUGCGUUUCUAAACGACUCUGUGAAGAGCGAAAUUCCUUCUUCCUGCAUUAUUAUAACCUUAAAUUUUUUCGUUCCGUUAUAUUUUAUUCAAUCAUUACAUUGAAUAACACAUCGUAGACAGGUGUUUAAUAUUAAUUACAAAUUUUAAGAGAUUAAAGUAGCUACAAUUUUCUAAGAAAUGUUGAUCAAAGAAGAGAGUAAAACGAAAAUAUCUCCAACGGCUAAGAGAUGAGAAAACUUUUUUUUUUAUUUUGAAUUAUUACAGUUAUUAUGUAUCCGGGAAUUUAUUCAGACUGUCUAUGUCUACUGUUUUUAUACAUACCGUGUAUACACACAUCCUAACGCGGGAAUAAGUUAGUUUGGUAAGAAACAACACUAUUUUGUUUUUUGUUUGUUUUGAUUUUUUUUCAGCAAUUAACAAUCGAAAUAAUUUCGUAAAAAUUCUCUUACCAUUGUUUUAUGCAUGUGCACAUAAUAACAAAAUGAAUGUACAAGGAUAAAAGCUAAAAAAAUCUCGGUGUCCGCUUCGUGUCAAAAAAAAAAAGAUGAAAAAUCUUUCUUUCCUUAAUUUUUGCUGUUUGUUUAAAGAGAAAGAAAACUGGUGGCUUUUUUUGUGUUUUCAAUGGAUUCCCCAGCUCUUUGAUAUACAUACGCAUAUAUAUAUACCCGCUACACGAAGUGACUGUACACAUGUGUAGAGGGGGGGUCAUGAAGAGGAGUUCUCUCCGAAUUCUUUUUUAUAAAUGCCAUUUUUAUCCGCCGUAGGUAAUCCAUGACCACAAAACAUUUGCUCUUGAGUUUCAUUUUUAAAGCCCCGCCACAAUAUAAAGAUCCCGAAACAAAUGACAUGAUUUUAUGCACACCGAGAAGAAAGAAACAAGCAUAUCAUCGCUAGAUUCCAUCAAACCCCACCUUCAUCCCUUUCUCCCUUAGACAAAAAUUAAUAACAACAAAAAACGCUAAUAGAAUGACAAAUUUGUUUUGCUCCUCUCGAUUUUAUUUUUGUUUUGUUUACUCAAAUAUCUCAAUUCAUUGGGUUGCUACUAAUGCCGUUUUUUCUAUACGUGUUAAUUGGAUGGAAAUUGUUAUGCACCCCUUUUCCGACUUUUCAAAAAAUACUUCUCCAAUGGCGUGUAUCGAUGUAUGUCACAUAGGCCAAUAUCUUUCGACAUGAAGACAAAAAAAAAAAGACUUGUACUACUGUUGCUUUAAUUUUGAUUACGAUAACCGUUGCUAUAUACGAGACGGAAAAUUUUCGAUUUAAUAUCUCUAUCAAAUCUCUCUUAAAAUAAUACUUUGACGCGGCCCGUUUGAAUGUUUUAGACAGAAACUAUUUGCCGUACCAUAAUCAUCCGUUCAUUCCCUAUUCCUCCCACCUUUUGUCUCGUUACCCUUUUUACUGGUAAUUUCGAGCUCCACUUCCCCCCUGCUACAUAACUCUGACAUCUGUAGUUGUUGUUCUAUUCAAUUUGAUAAUAUAGCCUGUUGUAGUGUGCGAUUUCUUGCAUACAUACACUGUUUCCCGUU